GGCCCCCGUGGCCCCCGUGGCCCCCAAGCCAGCCCGGCCGCCUCUGGCGCUCCGCAGCCGCUGCCUGGUCGCCGGCCCUGCCAUGUCCUGGGCCGUGGUCUUCGGCCUUCUGGCCGCGCUGCUGCUGCUGCUGCUGCUGAGCCGCCGGCGCACGCGGCGACCUGGCGAGCCUCCCCUGGACCUGGGCAGUAUCCCCUGGUUGGGCUAUGCUUUGGAGUUUGGAAAAGAUGCUGCCAGCUUCCUCACUAGGAUGAAGGAGAAGCAUGGUGAUAUCUUUACUGUGCUGGUGGGGGGCAGGUAUGUCACUGUCCUCCUGGACCCACACUCCUAUGACAUGGUGGUGUGGGAGCCUCGCACCAGGCUGGACUUCCACGCCUACGCCGUCUUCCUCAUGGAGAGGAUUUUCGACGUGCAGCUUCCGCAUUACAGCCCCAGUGAUGAAAAGUCCAAGAUGAAACCGACUCUCCUCCACAAAGAGCUCCAGGCGCUCACGGAAGCCAUGUGUACCAACCUCCACACUGUCCUGCUGGGUGACACCACGGAAGCAGGCAGUGGCUGGCAUGAGAUGGGACUCCUCGAAUUCUCCUACAGCUUCCUGCUCAGAGCCGGCUACCUGACUCUGUACGGUGUCGAGGCACCGCCACACACCCAGGAGAGCCAGGCCCAGGACCGCAGCCACUCAGCCGACGUCUUCCACACCUUCCGCCAGCUUGACCUGCUGCUCCCCAAACUGGCACGUGGCUCCCUGUCAGUGGGGGAUAAGGACCAGGUGUGCAGGGUCAAAGGUCGCCUGUGGAAGCUGUUGUCCCCAGCCAGGCUGGCCACUCGGGCCCACCGGAGCAAAUGGCUGGAGAGUUACCUGCUGCACCUGGAGGAGAUGGGCGUGUCGGAGGAGAUGCAGGCGCGGGCUCUGGUGCUGCAGCUCUGGGCCACACAGGGGAACAUGGGUCCUGCUGCCUUCUGGCUUCUGCUCUUCCUCCUCAAGAACCCCGAGGCCCUGGCUGCUGUCCGUGGAGAGCUUGAGCCUAUUCUCUUGCGAGUAGAGCAGCCCAUUUCGCAGAUGACCACCCUCCCACAGAAGGUUUUGGACAGCAUGCCUGUGCUUGACAGCGUGCUGAGUGAGAGCCUCAGGCUCACCGCCGCACCCUUCAUCACCCGCGAGGUCGUGGUGGACCUGGCCUUGCCCAUGGCAGAUGGGCGGGAAUUCACCCUGCGAUGUGGCGACCGCCUCCUCCUCUUCCCCUUCCUGAGUCCCCAGAAGGACCCGGAGAUCUACACAGACCCAGAGGUAUUUAAAUACAACCGAUUCCUGAACCCUGAUGGAUCAGAGAAGAAAGACUUUUACAAGGAUGGGAAGCGACUGAAGAAUUACAGCAUGCCGUGGGGAGCAGGGCACAACCAGUGCCUGGGGAGGGGUUACGCCAUCAGCAGCAUCAAACAAUUCGUGUUCCUUGUGCUGGCGCGCUUUGACCUGGAGCUGAUCAGCCCGGACGUGGAGAUGCCCGAGUUUGACCUCAGCAGGUACGGCUUCGGGCUGAUGCAGCCGGAACAUGACGUGCCUGUCCGUUACCGCAUCCGGCCUUGAGCUCCGGGGCAGAUGGGACUCCACGUACCCAGCCUGCCCCUAGUCGCCCAAUGUUCUGUGCCUGCCUUCGGCCUGGGUACAGAGCUUUGAACACCCAACGGUGCCAAACAUUAUCCCUUCCCUACUAUUUUUCCUAGAAGGCUGUGUCUGGGGGAGGGGAAAGAAGGGGAGCGAAGAAAAGACACCAAAAGCUCUGCGGAUUAUCUGCUGCAAAGGCUAAGCUCCAAAAUGAGGCUCUUCCCGCUCCCAGCUCCUCUUGCUCCUCUAAAUAUCCACUCAAGCUCGGGCAGACGGGGCACAGCUAGGAGACCCCGCUGCUCUGCCCCCAACCCCCAUGGGCUGCCGUCCAAGGCCCUGCCAAUGGUGUGGUCCAGACCCUAACCAGUCAAAGCAGAUGCUGGCCAUUAAAAGGCCAUUUGGGGCCUAGCAGUGCGUCUGUUGAAAUAAACUCUGUCCCCAAAUUUUUAUUAAACUACCUAAAGCCAAAGAGUCUCUUAGAAUAUCUGCUU